GGGACAGGUAGGUCUGUUCUUCAUUCUCGUUGUCUUGAUGAGCUCGGCAAGUGUCCCUUCCCGCGCAUGGCCAAGAUCAUCAUCAUCGGCGCCGGCAUCUCAGGCCUGAGCACCUACCUUUUCCUGCGCAAACACCUGGUGCUCUCCGACCCGAGUCCCUCUCCCCAACAAUUUGAAAUCAAAAUCUACGAAGCCUACGACAUCCGACAAUCCCGCUUCAAUGCCUCCUUGACCCGUCCCACCACGAGCAACAACUUGGACGACGGAGCAACGGCCAGCGCGAUCCCCGCCAACGAGACAGACCCAAUCUUCACACCCCAGGCGAUUGGGGCCGCGAUCGGCAUCGCCCGCAACGGACUGAACGUCCUAGCUCGCCUGGACGAACCACAACAUCACCGAGGUGAAGCCCGUGAUGUGCGACCCAGAAGCUUGAUCGAGGAAAUGGCUGUGCACGGCCACCCGAUCGAGCGGUGGGAACUCGGCACGGCAAGAGGCUUUACGCUCGGCGAGGUCGAUCUCGCACGAACUAGAACUGCCGCCGCGAAGCCUUCUGUCAAGCAGCACGAACACUCCAAAGCUCCUUCGUCCGCGGGGCGAAAUCCGUGUCCGUACCACGGGAUCAUGAUCGCGCGACAGUCGUGCUGGGAGAUCCUCCGCGACCGCGUCCUGAGGGAGUCUCCCGAUGCGGUCAUCCACAAGAAAGUUGUCGACGUGGUCAUCGGCGACGAAAGGACACGUAACGUCGUCAAGUUCGAAGACGGUUCCCACGAAGAAGCCGACCUGGUCAUUGGAGCGGAUGGCCUGAGAAGUGUGUUGCGGCGGGCGAUGUUCCGCAAGGCUGAGGCCGAGAAUGAGAGUAGUAACGCGACGACGACUAGUGGAGCGCGGACUCACGAGGAGCUAUCUCCCGACCAGACCAGAAAGUCAGCCUCGAGCUGGUUGCGGACUGUCCUGUCCUACCUCCCUAUCCCGGCCUUCCUAUUCGGUCGUGCCACAGGCCCAAAGGUUAUCCACAUGGACUACAUCUCACCACACUACGAGGGCCUCGUCGGCGUGGGCGGCUUCGUGCCUUCGUCCGUACUGCAAGCCACGGGCCACAAACCAGGCACCAUGACGGUUGUGUUUGGACCGAACGGGUUUUUCGGGUACGGGUACUUGACAUCAUCUACAUCAUCGCCAGAGUCGCCGAACUCAUUGUCCAACGACGCCACAGCGACAAGGGACACAGGUGCCACGCCAUCGACCACUGCGGCCUCUUCAAUCCCCGCCCCAGGGCCGUUGGCAGGAUGGUGGUCCACGUGCUCCAGCCCGACCCCCUUCCCAUACUCGAGUUCCUCCUCGGAUCCUCCAUCUCCCUCUUCAGGAGGUGUCCUCAACACAAAUACGAGCACAAACACAGGCACGAGCACGAGCAAGAACGCAGUCACAUCAGACCAUAGUGCAAGCACAAGCCGCAAACCAACAGAGUUCAACAAGCGGCUCGCCCUGGCCGCGCUCCUCCACCGACACCGCAAAUGGCACAACCCGGCAAUCCAAGCGAUAUUGUCGUUUGUGCAAGAGGACACUGAACAAGAGCAGCAGCGCCAACGCCAAGACCAGCAGGGUCAAGGUCAUCACAACAACGACAACAGCAAUAACAGCCUACUAACCGGCAAAGCACUGGACGCAGCGUACCCGACCUGGACGACCCCUGAGCUCCCGUACUGGUCCCUGCGCGGCCGCUCCGUGCUAGUAGGCGACGCCGCGCACGCGCUGCAGCCGUCGAGCGGCCAAGGGGCGAGCCAGGCGCUCGAGGACGCCGAGGCGCUGGCCCUGUUCCUGCGGCGGUUCUUGGUGGCGGCAACGCCGUCAUCGUCGCGACCAGAAGACGUAUGCUCGACGAAAGCGGCAGCGGCAGCGGCAGCGGCAGCAGCAGCAAGCGGAGGAGGGGAAUCUCCAUCCAGCAUCAGCACCAGCACCGACCCUGCCGCUGGCUCCACCUCCACCUCCACCUCUACUUCUACUUGUGUCCCCGUCCCGCUCAACGACCCCAAUGCAUCCUUCUCGCUCCCACAUCCGCUCCCGCACGCAUGCCUAACCACGGCCCUCCGCGCCUUCGAAACGACCCGCAUGCCGCGCGUGCACGCGAUCCACGCGCGCUCGCAGCGCAUGUCGCGCAUGAAAGCCGACAUGGGCGUGCUGGCCGAGUGGGCCAUGUACCUCGCCAUCUACCUGGGGACGUGGUUCCGCGGGGCCAACGGAGAGGGCGAGGGCGGCGAGAGGGAUGAGCGCUACUACGACGCGUUGGUCGCGGAGCGGGGACCUCUCGACAAAUAA